AUGCAGCUGACGUUCGAAAAAGUCCUCAAGAAGGAGACUUUCGGGGUCGUUCUUGAAAUGCAGAUGUACACUGCAGUUGUGGCGACUUGUGUGGCAGUCGUGGGUCUUUUCGCGAGCGGGGAAUGUGGGGCGGUACCGAGGAGUCUCGGGGGCGAAAUGGGUAGUUAUGCGGGCGGGAGGUUCUCGUACGUGAUGACACUCGUUUGCACGGCAGUGUCGUGGCAGGUCUGCUCGGUGGGGGUCGUGGGCUUGAUCUUCGUGGUCUCCUCACUUUUCUCGAAUGUCAUUAGUACUCUCUCGCUGGCCGUCACGCCGAUAGCAUCCUUGCUCGUUUUCCAUGAUAACAUGAAUGGCGUGAAGAUUGUUGCCAUGUUGAUGGCGUUUUGGGGAUUUGGGUCUUAUAUUUAUCAGAAUUAUAUUGACGAUCUAGAGUUGAGGAAGAAUAUGAGGGGUGGUGAUGAUGUUCCUUAA